GCCGAACAGCUCAGACCCGCCGUUUUUCCCUCGAGUUGUUCGAUCUGUUCGAUCUCGAUUUUUUGUUGGUGGUACCUUCGCUCCUGGAAACUCCUACAGUUUUGGAACUGUAAGAACCCGGGAUGACUACUUCUAAGUGGUGUGCGGAAUGUUCAUCUGAGCAGCUGUAGGAUUUCCUCCAAACAGAAACCCCAACUUUACUGAUGGCCAAGAGUGUCGCCCAGAAAUUUCUUAAGUGACCAAACGUUGCUUCCUCGCAAAAAUACCUAACUCCGCAGCCGAUUUCACCGGUUCAGCUGCAACGUGACUGUUUCUUCGACCGCCUUCGAACAGCGAUGCUUCAGCUCCUUUGCUUCGCGCCUCGGCCCGUACGCUCUCGGUCCGUCACCUCGCCCGGGCCGACCCGUGACACCCACUGCGAAGCGCCGCGGUUUUUUGGGCGCCGGUUCUUCCCUCUGGUGGCCCAGUUGGCCGUGGUGGCGGCGACAGCUCAUCAAGAUGCUCCGCCCUCGCACGCCGGAUGCUUCGUGAGCAACGGGACGACGAUGCUCGCGGUGAAACUCACCUAUGACGGAUACCUCUUCGACAUCCCAGGUGGCCGCACCGAUGGACACGAGCCAGCGCAGCGCACGGCCGAGCGGGAGACCUUUGAGGAAUCGGGCUAUCAGGUGUCGAUUGGGGAGCUGUUGGCCACGGUGCGGGGCGGCUUCAACAUCUACAAGUGCUACUUGCAAGACUCCAUCCCACACAAGGGCCCAGACCACGAGGUCUCUUUGGUGAAGUGGAUGGAUGCGAGUGAAAUCGAAGGUCACCUGCAGCACCACGAGUGGCGCUUCCAGGAUGACCAAGCUCGCUUCUACCUCGAUUGGCUCCAAGGGAAUAACGGCCAGCACCGUCGACUGUUGGUGGCCUGAGCGAAGCCACGAUCGAAUCUACCCGGACCGAUGUCUAGUGUACAGGAAACGGCCCGGAGCCGAAGCCAUAGAAGUGGAUGAGCAGGAGAAACAUGGGGGAGGGUUGAUAGGAGCCAACUCAAGC